GAUUUUUAUUGAUUCUCAAGUUUAUAUACAACUGAAAGAGGUGCGAAGAAGAGGUGUCUGUUCAGAGGCAUCCCUUCAGAACAUGUGCCUGUUGGCAAUAAAGAGAGAUGAGACACGACUGUUUGGGUUGGACACAUUCCUUGAAUUAAUAUACUAAUUAAUUUUUAACAUUUUUUAACACGUUACCCGACCCGGCCAAACAAGGAGCAGAGCCCCAGGUUCGCCAGCCCAUGUGCCACGUUCAUAUGCAUAUAAGCCCUCUGCUCGAACCCUAUUGGUCCGGUGUUUCCUCUCGCCGUCGCUGCUGCCGUCGCCUCCUCUCCCCCACUCCGUCGCAUCGCCACCGCCUUCGCCAUGGGGAAAAGACCUGCUAGGUGCUACCGCCAGAUCAAAAACAAGCCCUACCCGAAGUCAAGGUACUGCCGUGGUGUACCUGACCCGAAGAUCAGGAUCUAUGAUGUCGGGAUGAAGAAGAAGGGAGUUGAUAAGUUCCCCUCCUUGGUCUGCUGGGAAAAGGAGAAUGUCUCCAGCGAGGCUCUUGAGGCUGCCCGUAUUGCUUGCAACAAGUACAUGACCAAGAAUGCUGGAAAGGAUGCGUUCCACCUGAGGGUCAGGGUGCAUCCAUACCAUGUCCUUCGCAUCAACAAGAUGCUUUCAUGUGCCGGGGCUGAUAGGCUGCAGACUGGAACGAGGGGUGCUUUCGGGAAGCCUCUGGGUACCUGUGCUCGUGUGGACAUUGGCCAAGUCCUCCUUUCUGUGCGCUCCAAGGAGAUCAAUGGUAUUCAUGCUGACGAAGCCCUCCGCCAUGCCAAGUUCAAGUUCCCUGGACGUCGAAAGACCAUUCCCAGCAGGGGCUUUACCAAGUUCAACAAGGCCGAUUACAUCAAGUACAAGAGUAGAGGGAAGGAUCGUGUUUGAUGGUGUCAAUGCUAAGUUGCUUGGUGUCCACGGCCCCAUUACUAACCGUGCCCCCUGGGCAGGCGAUCCUGGCUUGAGGCAGCUGAAGCAUGCACAGACCAUUUCCUUUGUUAGAUGGAACUCAUGAGUUUUUUUUUGCUUAAGCUAGUAUAAUUCCCCAUGCUUGAACUAGUGUUGAGUAAAGAUGGUUGCUGGCUUGUAGUGCCCCAAGUGUAAAGCUUUCCCUUUUUUAACCUUCCAUGUGGGUCCACCUUGACAUUGCUAUGAGAGAGCCCAUGCUUGUGAAUUCAUGUGUUGUCUCGUUAUUAUUUCUUCCCUUGCUUGCAUGCA